AUGAGCUCGUUCUUGCGCACAGGAAUGCUUGCCACGUUGCAGCGCAGAAUGGCCUCCCAGUUGCUCAUCAACGACCAGAAGUACGCGUUCCUCAAAGAGCUCGGUCUCAGAGAGAACAAUUCCGGAGUGUUCCACGGAAAAUGGGCGGCCAAUGGGCAAGUCGUUCAAUCCUUCGCUCCCGCUUCGAACUCUCCAAUCGCAAAUGUAAUUCAAUCAACUCUCACCGUUACAUCCACCUUUUCAAAGUUCUAGGUACAAAACGGAAAUGUCCAAGACUACGAGAUCGCCAUUGCGGAAGCCCUCAAAGCCUACAACGAUUGGUGUGAAGUGCCAGCUCCACGUCGCGGAGAAAUCGUUCGUCAGAUCGGAGACAAGCUUCGCACUCAGUUGCAAAACCUCGGAAAGCUCGUGUCACUCGAAAUGGGAAAGAUUUCGGCAGAAGGAGUCGGGGAGGUUCAAGAGUACGUGGAUAUCUGCGACUACGCCACUGGACUCUCCCGAUCUCUCGAAGGAAAGAUCUUCCCGUCCGAGAGACCUGGGCACGCUCUUCUCGAACAGUGGAACCCACUCGGAGUGGUCGGAGUCAUCUCGGCAUUCAAUUUUCCGUGCGCCGUUUACGGAUGGAACAAUGCUUUGGCCCUGGUGACAGGAAACUCGUGCAUCUGGAAGCCAGCUCCUUCCACUCCACUCACCGCCAUUGCUGUCACCAAGUAAGUUUCCUUCCCCGUUUGUAAACAUGGAACGAUUUAUUUCCAGGCUCGUCGAGGAAGUUCUUGUUGCUAACCAAGUCAAUCCAGCCCUCUGCUCUCUCGUUUGCGGAGAAUCAGAAGUCGGUCAGGCUCUCGUCAAAGACAGACGAGUCAAUCUUGUCUCGUUUACUGGAUCCUCGGAGAUUGGGAAGAUUGUCGGCCAGCAGGUCCAAGCUCGCUUCGGAAAGCUGCUUUUGGAGCUCGGAGGCAAUAACGCAAUCAUCGUGAACGAGGACGCCGAUUUGAACAUGGUGGUGCCUGCGACAGUGUUCGCAGCAGUGGGAACUGCCGGCCAGAGAUGCACGACAACGAGACGAUUGAUCGUCCACGAGAAGGUGUACGAUCAAGUGCUCGAGAGACUGAAGAGGGCGUACGCUCAAUUCGAAUCAAGAAUCGGAUGCCCACUGGAAUCGAAUACAAUUAUCGGACCUCUUCAUAAUCAACAGGCGGUCGGAAAAUACAAAGCUUCGGUCGCUGAGGCUGUUUCAUCUGGAGGCAAGGUUGAGUACGGUGGCAAAGUGCUCGAGAGAGACGGAAACUUUGUGCUGCCAACCAUCGUGACUGGUCUGCAGCACGAUUCUCCAGUCGUUCUCCGCGAGACUUUCGCUCCAAUCUUGUACGUUCUCAAGUUCUCGGACCUCGACGAAGCCAUCAAGAUAAACAACGAAGUAGCUCAAGGACUGAGCUCUUCACUGUUCACCAAUAACAUUCAGAACGUUUUCAAAUGGAUGGGGUGAGCGAUUUGAGCUGAACUCACACUCGCACAACUUAUUUCAGACCUAAAGGCAGCGACUGUGGAAUCGUUAAUGUGAACAUUCCGACGUCUGGAGCUGAGAUCGGAGGAGCGUUCGGAGGAGAGAAAGAGACCGGAGGAGGCCGUGAAUCGGGCUCAGACUCGUGGAGACAGUACAUGAGACGGUAGAGACGCAGACGACGAGACGCAUCGAUAAUCUGAGCAUCUUUUCAGGUCGACGUGCACCAUCAACUUCAGCAAGCAUCUCCCUCUUGCUCAGGGAAUCAAGUUCGAGUAGAUUUUAUGUGAUUUCUGUGAUUGCUCUUUCUUCUGUAGCAUAAUGUCUUGUUUCUAUUGCGAGUACUAUUUCCAUGUUUUGUGGUGCCAUAAUGCAAUCCCAUUCAUCUGUGAUUCCCCUACAUCGUUCAGAUUCCCCAAUUUUUUUCAUAAUAAAGUGCACUGAACUUCACAACAGUGUGUGAUUUCGGAAGUAUGAAAUUCGAAAGAAGGCUGAUUUCGCAAUCACACACUGCUUCACAGUCACAACGACGAUUAAAAGAGUGGUCAGAAGCCGAAAGUACCUCAGAUUGAUAAGAGAAUCGUCACAAUUUCGUCACUUUUUGUCAUUGUCGAUGACGAUAAAAGCAAGUUUUCCAGAUUUUUCUCCGAAUCCUUCGAGCAGUCUACGUUCCUAGGUGAGUAUUUUACAAUUUAUUCAAUAUUCCCUUCAAAUGUUCAUUUCCACUUCAGCAUAAGAAAAAUGGCAACCGAAGCGGCGUACGGCAGCUGGGACAGUCCGAUCACUCCGGAUCUGUUCGCGAAAUGCAAUUGCAAAGCGAUUUGCGAGAUGCAAGUCGUGGGAAGCACCGUCUACUGGGUGGAGCAGAAUGCGGUGACGGGCAAGAGAGAACUGUAUUCGAAGCCGACGAACGGAGAAGAGAGAACCCGCUGGGCGGACGGACACUCCGUGCAGACGGCCGUUCACGAGUACGGAGGAGGCGCCCUUCAUGUUCUCACCGACGGAUCAGUUCUGUUCGCCACCGUUGAAGGCGUCUUUUAUCAAAAGUCGCCGGAUUCCGGGGUAGAGCAGCUCGCAGAAGGCAACAAUCGUGUGUUCCGGUGAGAACGAAACGGCACUCUAUCGAAAUAAUUCGUUUUCCAGAUUCGCUGACUUCUCGACCACCGACUCGCACAUUUAUUGUGUCAACGAGACACAUCAGGCAAGCGCCAAGUUUCCGGAAAACCGGCUGAUUUCAAUUGACCGUAUCACCAAAAACCAGAACGUCGUCGCGAGCGGAGCCGACUUUUAUGCAUACCCGAGAAUUUCGCCCGAUGGAAAGAAGCUCGUCUGGAUGCAAUGGAGUCAUCCGAAUAUGGUAUUUAUUCACUAACUGUCUUCUUUUCUUUAUGCCCUUUUUAGCCAUGGGACGAAACCUCGAUCCGAAUGGCCAGUGUGAGUAAUGGCGAAGCGACGAACGAAGUGAUUCUGAAGGAUGGAGCUGGCAAGAAGAUAAAUUAUUCGGAGCCAUCUUGGGAUGGAAAUGACCAUCUGCUGACAGUGAAUGACAGCACGAACUGGUGGAACUUGUACAAAUCGGCUGCCGAGCCCAACGCAGAGGACAAGAAUCUGAACCCAAUUCAGAAGGAGAUCAGUUAUCCGCUAUGGCAACUCGGAUUCAGAAACUAUGCUUUUAAUAAUAAGUAUUUGGUGAUGAAUGCGAACGGAGUGCUGUAUGUGCGAUCGAACGACGUCAUUGUGGAAGUCCCGACGCCCGAGUACACAGUCAUCUCCUACCUGUCCCUCGACCCCCACGGCUCCGAGCUCUUCGUGAUUGCAUCCGGACCAAAUCGUGCUUCCAGUGUCAUUUCCAUCGAUCUCAGUCUUCCCGAUUUCCCUCUUAAGGUGCACAGAGAAUCUAGAGAUUCCACUCAAAUCGACGCUCUCGAGAUCUCAGUGCCAGAAGAGUUUGUCUUUGAAUCGGACGGUGUCAAUGUUUCCGGAUUCUUCUAUCCUCCGAAGAACUCCGCCUAUACCGCUCCUCCGGGCACUUUGCCGCCUGUUCUUCUGCUCGGCCACGGGGGACCAACUGCUCCUGCUCAGAGCAAUUUGGACCUGAAGAAACAGUUUUUCACGUCGAGAGGAAUCGCCGUGUUUGAUGUGAAUUACCGUGGAUCAACCGGAUUCGGAACUGAUUUCCGAAGAAUGUUGUACAAGAACUGCGGAAUUGUCGAUCGAAAUGACAUGCUGAACGGAGCAAAAGCACUGAUUGAGGAGGGCAGAGUUGACGCUGACAAAGUUUUGAUCACAGGCAGUUCGUCCGGAGGGUAAUCAUCCCUCAGAACUUCCGAAUCCAAUCAGUUCCUUAUUUCAGAUACUUGAUCCUCAGUUGUCUCAUCUCUCCGGACAACAUCAUCAAAGCGGCGGUCUCAUUGUACGGAGUGGCCGAUCUUCUGGCUCUCGAUGAGGAUACGCACAAACUGGAGCAGUGUUACAACGAGAAUCUGGUCGGAAAGUACCCGGAAGAAGCGCACAUUUAUCAGGAACGAAGUCCCGUCUAUCACAUCGAUCGAAUCCGCACUCCGAUUGCGUUCCUGCACGGAAAAGAAGACACGGUGGUGCCGAUGAACCAGUCGGUCUCGAUGUUCGAGAAGAUGCGGGCAGCCGGAGUGACCACCGCCUUAAUGCUUUUCGACGGAGAAGGACACGGCUUCCGAAGUGGAGACGUCAUCCGAGAGAGCACCGAAGCGACAUUCUAUUUCCUGACGAAAGCAGUCGGAAUCGAGCCGUCCAUCAAGUCCAGAAUCGAUAUUAUCAAUUGUAAGCUUUAG